AUGAGAGUGAUAAACACUGCAUUGAACUUGUUCUUUUUGUCCGGUACCACCUUGGUAUUGAUCUUCUUGGUUUUGUCCGGGUCCACCAAUCACUUCCCAUUUAACCGGUUCUACUGGUUGAAGGCUGACACCUCCGGUAUCAGCGGAGCUCCAACACAGUCUUCAUGGACUUUCUGGGGUGUGUGUGACUCUAGCAACUUUGGUUCUUGCCAGGUUGGCCCAGCCUUCCCAAUUUCGCCAGUGGACAACUUUGGAACCAGUGCUGGUGUUCCUAAAGAUUUCAUUAGCAACAGAGACACUUACUACUACUUAUCCAGAUUUGCCUUUGCAUUUAUCUUGUUGGGUUUGGCCUUCACCGGGUUUGCCUUGAUUGUUGACCUCUUGGGCUUCUGUUUUGUCAUCAUUGAUAAGGUUGUGAUCUUUUUGGUUGUGUUUGCGUUGUUUUUCAUUGCCGGCGCUGCUGCUCUUCAGACCGCCGUGUCUGUUUUGGCCAGAAACGCCUUCCAGGAUGCUAACUUGUAUGCUCAUAUUGGCGUCAAGUCCACUGCUUUGCUUUGGGCUGCUUUUGCUGGUAUUUUGAUUGUGUUCUUCAACACGUGCGCUGCCAACAUCCACAACUCGUACAAGAAGCACAUUGACAGAGUCAGAAGUGCACAUGCUGAGGAGAAUGAGUACUAUCCUCCAGCCGAAACUCAGGAGCCAGUUGGUGAGGGAGCAUUGGGUGACGAGUCUUCUUACACUAGAGCCAAUGUUCUGGAGAAGGAGACUGGUAGUGGAGGAAUCCGUUUCUUCCGUAUCAAGAGAAACCAGAAGGCUUCUGACGAGGAGAGUGUUUGA